AUGGCCAUUGUAUCUUUUCACCUAGAACAUAAAACUAUGAAUUGUUUGUGUCCUUUUCAACUAAAUUUUCAGAGGAAAAGUGAAAGUAAUUAUUCUGUAAGUUCAUUGUUGAAAUCAGAUGAUCUUAAGCAGCGAUUCAAGUUUGUGGUUCUCAAGAAAAUACCGCUUUGGAAGAAUGGAUUGUCACAGACCAGACCCACUUUCCCGCCACUAGCAUGUCUUGUCUCCAUAAGCCAGCGCUCUCUCCCGGUGUCUUCCCCUAAUAUCUUCUCCCAGUUAAUGGUAAUCUCAUUAUGGAAUAAAUUCCAAAAUUGUAGCUGCUGCUUUUUCCCUGAUAUUGAAUCCUUGCUUGAGCAUUUCACUUGA